AUGGAGUUGCGCUGUGUGAUUGCAGUUAUACGGCAUGGGGAUCGCACACCCAAGCAGAAGAUGAAGAUGGAGGUGAAGCACACCAGGUUCUUUGCGUUAUUUGAGAAAUACGAGGGUUACAAGACGGGGAAGCUGAAGCUGAAGAAGCCGGAGCAACUGCAGGAGGUGCUGGACAUUACCCGCGUGUUGGUGCUGGAGCAGGGAGCGCCGGAGGACUCGGAGGCUGAGGAGCAGAAGUCCAAACUGGAGCAGCUCAAAACUGUUCUGGAGAUGUACGGACACUUCUCUGGCAUUAACCGCAAAGUGCAGCUGACCUACCUUCCUUACGGGCGCCCCAAAGCUUCCAGUGAAGAUGAAGAUGCCCGCAAGGUGGCCUCUCCAUCUCUUCUCCUGGUGCUGAAGUGGGGGGGCGAGCUUACCCCCGCAGGGAGAGUCCAAGCGGAAGAGCUGGGCCGGGCUUUUCGCUGCAUGUACCCUGGAGGUCAAGGGGACUACGCUGGCUUUCCAGGGUGUGGCCUCCUUCGGCUGCACAGCACCUACCGCCAUGACCUCAAGAUCUACGCCUCCGAUGAGGGCAGAGUCCAGAUGACGGCAGCAGCAUUUGCCAAGGGCCUCCUUGCUCUGGAGGGGGAGCUGACACCCAUCUUGGUGCAGAUGGUGAAGAGUGCCAACAUGAACGGCCUCCUUGACAGCGACAGCGACUCCCUCAGCAGCUGCCAGCACCGGGUGAAAGCCCGACUCCGAGAGAUCAUGCAGAAGGACGCAGAGUUCUGCCAGGAGGACCAGGAGAAGUUGGCACCAACCGGCAGCACCUCGCUCAUCAAGUCCAUGGGAAUCAUCAAGAACCCCGUGGAGGUCUGCGACCAGGUUUUUGCCCUGAUUGAGAAUCUUACCUGCCAGAUCCAGAAGCACCUGGAGGACCCUAAGUUUGCAGACCUCCAGCUUUACCACAGUGAGACUCUGGAGCUGAUGCUGCAGCGCUGGAGGAAGCUGGAGCAGGACUUCCGCCUGAAGAACAGGCGCUACGACAUCAGCAAGAUCCCGGACAUCUACGACUGUAUCAAGUACGACGUGCAGCACAACACCUCCCUCCAGCUAGAAGGCACGGCUGAGCUUUUUAAGCUGUCCAAGGCUCUGGCGGACGUCGUCAUCCCCCAGGAAUAUGGGAUUAGCAAACAAGAGAAGCUGGAGAUUGCGGUUGGCUUCUGUCUGCCUCUCAUCAGGAAGAUCCAGCUGGACCUCCAGAGGACUCAUGAGGAUGAAUCAGUGAACAAACUGCACCCCCUGUAUUCAAGAGGGGUCUUGUCUCCAGGGCGUCACGUCCGAACUCGCUUAUAUUUCACCAGUGAGAGUCACGUGCACUCCCUGCUCAGCAUAUUCCGCUACGGUGGCCUCCUGGAUGAAUCCAGAGACCCCCAGUGGAAGCGAGCCAUGGACCACCUGGGGGCCAUUUCGGAGCUCAACUACAUGACGCAGAUUGUUAUCAUGCUGUAUGAAGAUAACAACAAGGACCCAUCUUCUGAGGAGAGGUUCCACGUGGAGCUGCAUUUCAGCCCGGGCGUGAAGGGCUGUGAGAAGGACGGCAAUGCCCCGGCAGGCUUCGGCUUCCGGCCCGCGUCAGCAGAGAAGGAAGCCAACAAACCCGAGCAGGGCAGCCUGGAGGACUUGACCGGGCCCAAGGGAAGGGGUGAAGCAGACCCAGGGCAGCAGCAGCCGGCCCCGCAGCCCACAGAGCCAGUCCACCUGCAGCGACGGUCGCCUCUGAUCCGCAACCGCAAGACCGGCUCCAUGGAGGUGCUGUCAGAGUCCUCUUCCAAAGUUGGAGGGUAUCGUCUCUUCUCCUACUCCAGACACUCCUCGGAAGUGAAGCAGAGCGGCUUAGGGUCGCAGUGCACGGGGCUCUUCAGCACCACAGUCCUGGGAGGCUCCUCCAGCGCUCCAAACCUCCAGGAUUACGCUCGGAGCCACGGGAAAAAGUUUGCCUCCGGCUUUUUGUACAAAGAUGAGCUCUUGUCUAUGCCAGCUGUAAAGCGGUUUUCUGUGUCAUUUGCAAAGCAUCCAACUAAUGAUGAGCUGGAGGGCGGGUGCCUUGCCCAGCUGCUCCGUCGGUUUUGCUCUGAUUUUGCCAUCUCUCUGGACGCCCCCCUGGCCCGCCACCUCCACCAGUGCUUCUACCACCUGCGCCUCUUCCGGAAUUGGCUGGUCUCUGGCCAGGGUGAUCUGGAGAGCCUUCACGGCUUUGAGGGCUGCUCCAUGGUGCCCAGCAUCUACCCCCUGGAGACGCUGCACAACUCGCUCUCCUUGCGCCAGGUCAACGAUUUCUUGACAGGUGUCUGCAGGAGGUGCAACAGUAACCACUCCGGUGCUCCCACAGCCCUGUUUGACUCCCUGGAGAGCCAGGCGCCAGGCGACACCUUCAUGCGGCAGCAAAUCCUGUCAUCCUCGUCGUUGCCGCUGCAUUCCCGCUCUGACAGACCCCCCUGGUACAGCAGUGGGCCCUCAAGCACCGUCUCCAGCGCCGGACCUUCAUCCCCCACCCCCUUGGAAAGCUGUCCCCAUUUCAGCUUCACGGAAAAGCCCCCCUUUGGCUGCCAAGUCAGCAAGGAGCAGCCCAGCGGCCACCUGCCCACAGAGGGACCACCGAGUGCAGAGGUGGAGAGUUUGUGUGGCGGCAGAGCCUGGCGAGAGGUCCCAGCCGUGGACCAGGAAGGGGUGGGGCAGCGUCUGCCAGGGCCUUGGGAGCAGACCCUGGAGCAAGCCUUGGAGCAGAUGGGGGUCCCAGGGCAGGAGGCAGAGGUCCGGGGGGCUUUGCUGAGGCUGGCAGGGGAGGAGGGGGAGGGUCCCUGCCCGUCGAUGGUGAGCCAAGAGGCGGGCUCGGAGGGGCAUCACGCAGGGGCAAGUGGGAAAGACGAAUCAGGUGAGCUGCCCAAAGAGGGGCGGGAGAGGCUCGCAGGCAGGGCCCCAGAGCAGGACCCAGGUGGGCAGACUUGUGAAGAAACUCUGCCGAGCCCCCUUCUCUCCCCUGGGGAAAGCAGCUAGCGUGGAUCUGGUGCUUUCCAUACGGCAAAUUUCCCAGCAGCCCAUUGGAGACUGGGGUGGGGGGUCCUGUAGGGACUUGUGGUGGCUUCUCUCUGGCUCUGCUGCAGCUGGGUGAGGCAACCGACUGUCCUAGUAGCAAGGCCACCCCGGGCUGCCAUUCAGGACUCAGGAGCUGUGCCUCUCUUGGGUGGCUCUCGGGGCCACGGGGUCAGCCCCUGAAGCGGAGCGGAGAUUCUGCUGCAGCUGAGCGGCAGGCAGGCAGGCAGUGGGCAGGAGGAGGCCCGGCCCCAGCGGCUGUGAGGAUGCAAAGGAACCCGCGGGGGAAAUGCCAAAUAAAUGUAUAGUGCAGAGUAAAUAUUUAAUAUAUUCUUAGUGUCUACAAGGUGGGGGUGGGGGCCUCUGUGUUCUUGUUUAUCUCCCUCCCCCCACCCCACCCCCCGGCCUGCGAAAGGCUUGUCUGUGGUUUGGAUUUGUCUGUGUUAUUCUUUCACUUAGGAACUGCGAAAGUGUUUCCAAAGAGCCCUCCUUGUACUCGAUGUGUGAAACGCAGUAAAAUGCUGAGGCCCCUC